CGGCAGAGAGAGAGAGAGAGAGAGAGAGAAUGGAAGGCAGGGAAGACUUGAAGUCGAUAUUAGAGUAUUUGCCGGUGGUGUUGCGGACAUGGAGUCUGUUCUGGCCGUCCCAAGUGUUGGAGGCUCUCAAGGCGUUGGCGAGAGGUCCUGAGCACAGUGGGGUCCAUUCUGGGGAGCUGCUAUUCUCAGCCAUUUCGGACCUCAGGCGCUCUCUUUCUCUCUCCUCUCACCCUUUGCCUCUUUCCGCCCCACACGGCUACGCCCUCUUCUUCGACGAGCUCAUGUCUAGGGCUGAAGCAAGGAAAUGGUUUGGAGAGGUUGUCCCGGCAUUGGCAAAUUUGCUUUUGCGGUUGCCCUCCCUGUUAGAAUUGCACUAUCAAAACGCCGACGCCCUUAUUAAUGGAGGCAGAGAUGGAGUCAAAACUGGUCUUCGUCUACUGCAUUCACAAGAAGCAGGAAUCGUGUUCCUCAGCCAGGAACUAAUUAGUGCUCUUCUUGGGUGCUCUUUAUUUUGUUUGUUCCCAAUCAAUAAUAGAGGUGCCAAACAUCUCCCAACGAUCAACUUCGACCAUUUGUUUACGACUUUAUAUGACAGUUAUAAUGAAAAACAGGAGAAUAAGAUAAGGUGUAUUAUACACUAUUUUGAAAGGAUAAGUUUCCAUAUGCCUAAGGGUUAUGUCUCAUUUGAGCGGAAAGUACUUCCUCUGGAACAUGGUCCUCUAAGCAUUUCUUACCCCAAGGCUAGUUUCUGGAGCAAUUCAGCCAUUCCUCUCUGCCGUUUUGAGGUUCACAGUUCAGGCUUGAUAGAAAAUCAAUCAAGUGGAGCUCUUGAAGUCGACUUUGCAAACAAGUAUAUAGGAGGUGGUGCUCUUCAUAGGGGCUGUGUACAGGAAGAGAUCCGUUUCAUGAUCAAUCCUGAAUUAAUUGCUGGCAUGCUGUUCAUGCCUUCCAUGGCAGAUAAUGAGGCUAUAGAAAUUAUUGGUGCAGAAAGGUUUUCAAAUUAUACAGGGUAUGCUUCUUCCUUUCGUUUUUCUGGUGACUAUCUGGACAAAAGGGAUACAGACUCUCUUAGAAGACGUAAAAUCAGAAUUAUUGCAAUAGAUGCGUUAUGCAGCCCAGGGAUGAGACAGUACGAACAAAAGUUACUCCUCCGGGAGAAUAAUAAGGCAUUCUGUGGUUUUUUUCAUCAAUCAAAAUAUCAGCAGUACAAGAGAUUGUUUCGAGAGAGUGGGUGUUCUGGAAUUCAGCCUCAUUCAGAUGUUAAAGACUCCAAUGACGUAUACAGUAAUAAUCUUUUGAGUCAUGGAGCUAGCAUAACUUCUGUUGAAACGUGUGGAGGAAAAUCUGUACACAAAGUGAUCAGAGAUUCUGAGGAGAUCCUGUCUCUUGAUAAUGAGGAUGAUGUUGGGAUUGCAACUGGGAAUUGGGGAUGUGGUGCUUUUGGAGGAGACCCUGAAGUGAAGACCAUAAUUCAGUGGCUUGCUGCCUCUCAGGCACUAAGACCUUUCAUUUCGUACUACACAUUUGGCAUGAAGGCAUUGCAAAACCUAGACCAGGUAACUCAAUGGAUACUGUCACAUGAAUGGACAGUUGGUGAUCUCUGGAAUUUGCUGGUGGAGUACUCAUUGCAGAGAUUGAAGGGAGAGACUAAUGAUGGAUUCUUUACUUGGCUCCUUCCAUCUCUACUCAACCAUGAUACUGAGAUGUUGGAUUUACCUAUAAUGUCUUAAAACUUGCUGCUUGUAUUGGCUUGUUGAUCUAGUUAUUUAUGUAGAACAUUGCAUUUUUGGCUUUUUACUUUUGUGGUGGUUGCCUGGUUUCCUAGUUGUUGA